UCUCUCUCUCUCUCUCUAAUGGCUUCCUCUGUAACCAAUUAUCCUCUUCCUAUGCUGAUUAUUUUCUCUCUCUUCCAUUAUCUCAUUUUUUCUUCAUUGUGUUCCAGUAUUUCUGCAUCAGAUUCAAAAUCUGACAGGCCGAUCACCAUUGAUUCAUUGAGAGCUUCAUUGGAAGAGCAGGAAGAUUUCAUAGUGUUCAGUCUGAUAGAGAGGGCGAGAUAUCUCUCCAAUUAUCCUGCUUAUGAUUCUUCUUAUUUGGGCCUGAAAAACUGUUCUUUUGUGGAGUCCUUUGUCAGGGAGACAGAAGCUACUCAAGCCAAGUUUGGAAGGUAUCAGAACCCUGAGGAGCUUCCUUUCUUCCCAGCUCUCCAAUCAUUUCAAUCAUCAGUUUCUCCAUUAUUCAAUUUUUCUCAAAUAUUGUAUUUUCCUGCUUCAAGAGUUAAUGUUAGCAGAACAAUAUGGGACAUGUACUUCAAUUUUCUCCUUCCAUUGAUAACCAGAGAUGGAGAUGAUGGAAACUAUCAGCAAUCAGCAGCAUCAGAUCUUAUUUGUUUGCAGGCCCUCUCUAAAAGGAUCCAUUAUGGUAGAUUUGUGGCCGAAGUUAAGUUCAGAGAUGCCCCUUCUGAUUACAUUUCUGCAAUACAUGCACAGGAUUCUGAAACUCUGACAAAACUGGUGACAUCAAAGACAGUGGAAGAAACAGUAAUAGAAAGGGUGAAGAAGAAGGCCAAGUUAUUUGGCCAGAAAGUAACUGUAGAGAAGAAUGUUGGAAAUGAGACUAAUUACAAAGUAGAUCCUGCUGUUGUUUCUGAUCUCUAUGCUGAAUGGGUUAUUCCUCUUACCAAGCAAGUUGAAGUCAAUUACCUUCUGCGCCGCCUUUAUUAAUGAAAUUAGUGUAAUUAUUUU